AUGGCAGACCGACUGGCUAACGAAGGAGCUAGAGCUGUUCCAACCCCCAUCUUCAAUCGCACUGUUACAUGGGCGAGAGAACAGGCAACCCCGAAGACCGCACGCUCAUGGAAGAAAAUAUGGCACGAACACCCUGAGUCCAGAGUCAACUCAAAGUACUACAUCCCCUGCCCACCUGCUCUCAAACUACACCCGAUCUUCAACUCCAGCAACUUGGGCAGGGACCUCGAGUGCCGCGUCGUCCAAUACCUAACAGGACAUGGACACUACGGCAAAUACCACGCCCAAUUCAACCAUAACGUCGAUCCCAGAUGCGCCUGCGGGGAGUCGAACAAGACCAUAUUCCAUUAA